AAGCCGGUUAUAAGAAAGAUAAACAAGUUGCUUGUAAAAAAACAUACUUAUCAUUGACAAACAUAAAGUUUUGAUUAUUCAUUAUUAUCUCAAUACCCGAAGUUAUCACUUGUAUAAAAGAAGACUGUGUUCGUUUUAAAUCGUCACUCGAUAAUUUGUGGUACAAGAAGAUGGCUAAUCUGAUAUCGCCGGAGGGAAAAACUUUUUUAGUGACAGGCGGAGCUUCUGGAAUAGGAAAGCAAUGCAUUGAAACAUUUCUUAGAGAAGGGGCCAAGGGCAUUGCCAUUUUGGAUGUACAAGUCGCCGUAGGCCAGGAGCUCGCCAAACAAUUAAACAAGACUUAUCCUAAUAAAGUUAUAUUCAUUAAAUGUGACGUUGGUGAUGAGAAAGAAGUAUCCGAAGCUUUUGAAAAAGUUCUCGGACACUUCAAGCAGUUAGAUGUAGUUAUGAAUAAUGCUGGAAUAAUGGUAGACAGUCCUACUGGAUGGAGGAAAGCUUGUGACGUAAAUUGGCAAGGUCUUGUGUCCUGCACAUUAAAGGGUCUUAAACAUAUGCGAAAAGACGAAGGUGGUGUCGGAGGGACUAUCAUAAAUGUGUCUUCGAUCGCAGCACUAUAUAAAUUCCGCUUCCUUCCAAUUUACAAUGGAUCCAAGAUGGCCGUUCUCCACUUCAGUCAAAGUCUUGCAGGCGGACCGUUCUAUGAGAAAACUGGAAUAAGGAUUUUGACAGUAUGCUUUGGAGCGACCGAAACUGCACUUCUACAAGGCUUGGAAGAUAGAACUCUGGAUGAUAUAGGAGCUAAGGAAAUACUUGUUGUUAAUUCUCAGAAACAUCAGAAGGUUGAAUCUGCCGCUGCAGGUGUUCUGAAGAUGUUCAAGGAAGGUGCGAAUGGCUCCAUCUGGCUCUCAAUCGAUGACAAACCCGGCAAGGAUAUCACCCCACUUAUCGAUUCCGGGUUUAAAGAAUUUGAAAAAGCAUUUUUGUAAAAAUAUUACAGUUUAUAAAUAUUAUUUUAAUAAAUAUUUUUAGCACACAUAUUACAUAAAGAGUAGUAUUUUCUCUAUAAACAAUAUUUAAAUAUUAGUUUGCAGAACCAAUCAUCAGACGACAUGUUAAAAUAUCACAUUUUUCAUUACUUUAUUUCUCAAUGUUCUCUUAAUAUUCUAAAGCAAAUAGUAAUCAAGAUUGAAAUUAUAGAAGUUUGAGAAGACGGGCGUAUCGCGGGAAUAGAGUUUACAACGGAAUAGGAAUUACAAAGGGCUCGAAGUCAAGACGUAACACAAGACGAAUGCAAAUAAUCUAAUUAAGUAGGGAAAAUAAGUAUAGAAAGUAAUCUAAAGUUAGAAAAAAAGCGUAUAGUGUACAAAUCGAUUUAAUAUAAAAUGUCUUACGUAAAUUUUUACUAUGGCUGAUAUUUAUCCUAAAUAAAAUAUAGUAAAACAUGCCAAACCCAUCUUAUGACUAUUAGUAGGUAGUCAAAAAAACAUCGUCACUUAAGUAUACCGCAGGUUUCAAUUGGUUCCACUUGUACAAAAACAUGUUGUUAUUGCAGUAUAAUGUGUAGGGGGAAUACACUAGAAACAAUAACUUUGCACAUCUAAAACGAAGUCAAUUCUGGUGAAGGCAAUUCACAAAGUGCGUUGACCUCUUGUAGUUACCCCAACUACAAACACCGUCGGAAUCUAAGAACGACUGAGUAAUCAAAUGAGGGAAAUAAAGUGGUAAUAAGAAAAUGACGAAACUUUUGCGAUAUUGUUUUACCAUAUAAACGAAAACUUUAUUUUUAUUCCAAUUUAUUCUACUAAUUGCUAACUUUAUAGCACAGACUUGAAAACAUGAUCCUCUAUCUAGUAAAUUUAAGUGAAAAAUCUAAGUCAGAAAACUGAAAUGAACAAACUAGCCACAGUUUACAAAUCAUAUUAUUGUCCCUGUUUUUUCAGACAUUGA